AUGAGGGACCUAACCCUAAUUUUACCCUUCCUUACCAAGAUACCAUCAUUCAGCCGCACCCUACCACAUUUCAUCCCCUUCAACGUAACAAAUUUCAGAAAUGGAAAAUCAGAGAGAGGAGAGUGAUGCAGAGGAGGAGCGAUCGAGCAAGAGGACGCCGCUGCUGUCGCCGGGGGUUGUUUCCGCCGUCCCCGCCGUCGCCCUUGGAGACCGUCCUUGUUGCAACUGAAGCUUCCACUGUCGCCGUCGGGUUACUCCCGUCAUAGAGCCUUCAAUGUUGCCACAAUCCGCCCCUGGAAGGGGAUCUCAUCGCCGCGCUCUGCUGCCACGAAGCCGUCGCGUCUUGUCGCCAAGGGUUCUGUCGCCGCCGUGCCUUGCCUCUGUCACCGCUAAUCCACUGGCGUUGCUGCCAGGGCCCGUCGCCAUCACCGUCGCAGGCAAGAAAGGGGAAAAACGAACAGAACGUGAGGGAGAGGAGGAGUUCUCAUCGUUGUUGUAUGCCCAAUUAAGCAAAUCUUUGAAGAUGUCAAAGCUACAUUGGAUCUAUGGUUGGGUAUUUCUCCUCUUGGUUGCUUUGAGGAUGGAGACUGUUAUCUACCUGACAGUUUCUGUUCCAAAUCAUUCCACUUUUCUUGCUGGUUAUCUUUACUAUGAUUUGUGCCCAAGGCUUGUUGCAAAUGGACGGUUAAUAGAGGUCCAAAUGUGUGAAGCAGGUGCUGGAAUUGCCGAUGGAGCUGCUGUGUUUAGCAAUUUCCUCGGAUUACGGCAUCGAGGCCUUUUGUUGAAUGCGUUGGGCUGUUCAUUUCUCGUGAGGAUGACUUUCCUUAUCUGCCUCAUUAUCCUCCCUUUAAUCUUUGUGCAAGGGAAACCAUCCAAGGCUGUUGUUGAUACUUUGGAAGUUCUUCUUUUCAGGUUUGAAUUUUUCAUUGUGACAACUAUUGAGGUGUUCAAAGAAAAACUUGAAGAGCAACGAACACGGCAAGAGAAAGAAUUAGCUCGAGUGAAAGCUCAAUUGGAAGCUCAACAAGCCGUUGUGAACUCAUUCAUAGCGCGCUUUGACAAUGAAAGAAACUAGACAAUUAAAGGAGUGUUAAAAUGGUGACAACAUGCUAUCUAAAGGACUCAAGAACAUUUUGAUUCAUAGAGACACUAAUUUGUGUUAGACUUUUAACUUUUGGUUGAACUUGUUUAAGAAAUAUAACUUGUAGAACUAAUCA